UCCUCAUCUCUAUCUCUGAAAUAUUUUUGGUCAAUCAAUCUCUAUCUCUCUUGUCUCUCUUCUUUGUCUUCAAAUUGGUCUCUUCAUCAUCAGCCCAUAGUCUUCUAAUCCCAUCUUCUCUAAAAAUCUCUUUUUCUUGGUUAUAUAACUCUUUCAUUCCUUCAACCUGACACUUCAUCUUCUUCUUCAUCGUCAUCUUCAGGGCUUCAACAUUCUUGAUGAUAUGCAGUUGCUGUUAUUCAUGCUUGAGAUAAUUCAUUAUUCAAGCUUGUCAAUAUGUCUCCAGUAAUCUGUGAAAUCCUUCUCUCUAGUUGUAUGAUAAACUCUUCUCUCAGACGCAGGACCCACUUGAUGCAAUCUUUCUCUGUUGUUUUCCUCUACUGGUUCUACGUUUUCUCACGAUCUGCAUCCCCAUCUUAAUUUAAUUUCUCUCUCCCUAUUUUUCUAGAUCUUAUUUCCGUUCAUCUUAAGCACUCAAUCAACAUAGGAAUUAAUUUUUGUAGAAGAUCUAUAUAUAUAUUAUCUCUCUCUCAUAGAUCUCUCACAUCAUCGUCAUUUAAGAUCUGAAACCCUAGUACUUAUUGCACAUCAAUAAUGGCUUCUCCCGGUGGGAGUGGUGGUGGCAGCGCUUCUGACAGCCCGAACAUUAUAGACCAGAAAAAGAGGAAGAGGAUGCUAUCAAAUCGCGAGUCGGCACGCCGAUCGAGGAUGAAGAAACAGCAACAUCAGGAUGAUCUAGUAAAGCAGGUGGGUGAGUUGAAGAAGGAGAAUCAUGAGAUUAUAAGGAAUUUGAGCAUCACCAAUCAACUUUAUGUGAACAUGGAGGCAGAAAAUGCAAUCUUGAGGACUCAGAUGGCAGAGUUGACCAAUAGGUUGGAGUCUUUGAAUGAGAUCAUAAGCUACAUAAACAACAACUCAAGCAAUAAUUAUCUCUUUGAUGAUGGGAUCACUAAUGACGCAGCGAUGAUCAAUGAUUGUGGCUUCUUCAACCCUAACUGGAUAAAUCAACCUGCUAUCGUGGCUUCUGGCAAUUAUAUGAUGUAUUGAUGAUGAUUAAUGUGAAUGUAAGGGUAAUGAUUAUUAGGGUUUUUAAUUUUAUUGUAAAAUUCUCAGAGUUUCAAGAGGGACAUGAUAAUCAAGAAUCGUAUAGUUUGCGUUCA